AUGAGGAAAAUGCCAAUCUGGGUUCAAUUGCGGAAAAUUCCUCUGCAGUACUUCCAUCCCAAGGGCAUUAGCUACUUAGCGAGUGCCAUUGGUAAGCCUCUUUUCAUGGACAGAGCUACUGCUCUCCGAUCAAGAUUGGAAUAUGCAAAGGUAUGUAUUGAAUUGGAUGUUGAUAAGGAAAUCCCGGAGUUUCUGAAUGUUGAUUUGGGUAAUAAUCGCUCAGCAGAAGUUCUAGUGGACAUUCCUUGGUUGCCAGACAAAUGUGACCACUGCAAGGUCUUUGGUCAUCGAUGCAAUAGCUCAACGGAGGUACCACCAGUAGCUGAGAUAACUCCAAACGUUCAGCCUGCUGAGGAGAACUGUCCUACUGUAGAAGCUACAUCCCCUGCCAGCCCAACUACUGUAGAAGAGACUCGGGCUGCUGAGACAACAUCUCGACCUGCUGGCAAGGCCCGAGAGAGAUGUAUCGCUACUGAGAAAGCUUCCCCUGCUGUUGUCACAACUCUCACUGACCAGAAUGAGUUCCUGGGAGACUUGAUUAGUGAAAAGGGUAAGGUCCCUUUAUCGUUUGAACUAGGCGAGGAUGAGGAAGGCCGUAAGGGGGUCACCAGCUCUGAUGAUGACCGGGAAAUCGCUACAAUAGUUAAAGAGGCUCGGCCGGGGGAACAGCGGCAACCUAGAAGUGCAUCGAAAGGAGUAGUCCAGGCAGUCUUGAAAGUGCAAGGAUCAAGGAAGUCAAGGUUGGGUAAGGGUGGUAAACCUCCCAAAUGA